AUGGGCAAUCGAUUUGUUCUCAAAUCUAAAACGUUGACAGACGAAGAAAUUGCUGAUAUAGAAAAAGUUACGAAUUUCGAUGCAGAUAGCAUAAAGGAAAGGUAUAAGAAUUUCUUGAAAAGCCAUCCAUCAGGUAAAAUGAAUAAGAAACAAUUCCUUGAAAUCUAUGAUCAAAUAAACCGUAAUUUUGGUGUACGUGGUGAAAUGACUUGCGAAAAUGUAUUUGCUGCAUUCGAUAAAAAUAAAGAUGAAGCACUUGAUUUCAAAGAAUUUGUGUUGGCAUUGAUUUUCCUGAGACCGAAUACUGUUGAGGCAAAUGUUGAUUCUUUUUUUAAAUGGUAUGAUGUAUCCGACGAUGGAUGUUUGGAUUAUCAGGAACUAAAAGAAUCCUUUGAAUCUGUUAUCUAUUUGUUGGGAAAAAAGGCAGAUCCUAAAACUGCGGAACAAAUGGCUUCAGAAGUGUUUGCAAUGCUUAGUCUUAAAGAUGACUCAAAGAUAACCAAGGAACAGUUUAUCAAAGGAUGCAAAGAAAAUCCUACUCUUCGUAAAAUGUGCCUCCUUGAAACGUGA